AGUGACCGUUGACCACUGCCAACUCGUUCGGCAGCCUAUUUUGCCAUUGCAAAUGCAAUCUGUAUUCGUCCCAUGUCAUCGCCGAUGCAUUUGACAACAGCGUCCACUGUCACGUUGACGCUUUAUUCCGAUUGGCAUUUUUGCAGCGGUUGUGGUUUUCCCCGGGCGAAAGACGGCAAAACUGCAGGAAAGUGCGCCGAAAGAGAAACCGUUAACGAUGUCGCGACGAAGCAGGAAGGAGCUGAACAACGGCGUGUUUGCCAGAAGAAGCUCUCGAUUUGUCGGAGGUGCAAAACCGCCGCAUACCACGACUCUGAAUGCCAAAGGAUUCACUGGAAAAGGGGGCACCGCUACGACUGCAACAAACUGGCCAAAGCCAUUCAGCCGCUCAAGGAUAUCAUUGCUUCCUUCGAGCACCACCGCGACGUGACACGCGGUAAUCGUCGACCGCAACGUUAUUGGUGGGAUCUUCUCGAUCCACGAGAUGCGGCAUAUUCCAAUCGGUUGUGGAAGGAAAGCGCGGUGAGGUGGAAUCGUUACGGAGAAUAUCUAGAGGCGAUGGAGGGCUUCCAAACAGCGCUAGCACAAACAGGGAAGAUGUGGAACGAUCACUCAGUAACAAUUGCAAACAACGCUCACGAUACCAGCCACUUGGAGAAAACUCAAGACGACAAAAGGUCCCUUUCGUCGUCCCCCGUCCAGGAUGGCGACGAUGGCACCGACGAUGACAAUUCAUCGAUUUCCAGCGGCAUUCACCUGGCUCGGAAGCUUCUAUUCUGCGCCUACUGCGAAGCCGAUGGGAAUCAGAUCCAAUCUGCUCGAUCGAGACUGGCGCAGUGCGUAUCAAUACUAUUGGAAGGUUGUUGUUCUUCGUCUUUGUUGUCGCCCUCCGACCCCAAUAAUCGAGAGCUACAGAAGCGGCAACAACUACAGAAGACCAUCAAUCCCCUUCUGGAUGACGCAUGGAUGGAACUCAUGCUGAGCUACGAGGAGGAAAAAUCCCCCGAAGUCCGGAGGAUCGCUCGUCAUGUGGCGCACAUGGCUAUUCAGAGCAGUCGGAGGCCUGGGAGCCUUUAUCGUUGCGAAUGGAAGGACCCUCUUCAACGCCCUGGCUAUAUGGCUGUAUUGGGCACAAUUUGCGAUAGGAAUGGAACAAAAUUACACCCAUUCCAGUCUUCGGUCAUGAUGCAGCCCUAUAUACCCCCCGAAGCGCAUCCUUCUUGGUGUGAAACUCUCGAGUCGAACUGGGAAACAAUUGCGAAGGAAUUGUCGGAACUAGUCGCCGCGGGGAAAGCAUCCUCGAAGCAGCGGUGGGCUGCCGUAGGAUCUGGAGAUCGUGGAUCUGGGGGCGACGAUCAUCGCGUGGUAUCGGCGUAGGUUGACGGCCCACCUCGGCCUGGUCAUUCCAGACGAGGAAGCUGGAGAGUGCAAGAUUCGUGUCAAGAACGAAUGGCACCGCUGGGAAACAGGAAAGGUCAUGCUCUUUGACGAUUCUUACGAGCACGAAAUUCGAAACGACACAGAUCAAGUUCGAAUCGUAUUGCUCCUUCGCCUUUGGCAUCCUCUGCUGUCUCCUGAUCGACGGCAGAAAGAAUUGAUGGAAGCCCGGCGCCGGAAGGAGUUGGCCGUCAGUAAACGAUACCACCCUUC